UACAGGUGAAUAAUAAAUUGAUGAGUCAUAAAUUCAUUGAAGAAGCUUAGAUCCACAGAAAAAAAUUGGAUCCCCUUUCUCCAUCAGUCAACCCCUUCCAUUAACCGUAUAAAUCAACCAAAAUCCCCAUUUUGCAUUUCACAACAAAAUUCUCAACAAUGGCAACCGCUUCAUCAGCACCAGUUCUUCCAAUUUCCAACACCAAAACCACCGACGCCGCCACCACCACCACCAUCACCGCCGACACCCAACAAACCAUUACCGGUGUGGGUCCUACCCCUGCUCUCCGUUCAUUCAUCAACCGCAUCUCCGACACCGUCCAAAGUGGUCUCUCCAAUCGUCGUCCUUGGUCUGAACUCGUUGAUCGUUCUGCCUUCUCUAAACCUGAAUCUGUCUCCGAUGCUACCCUCCGUAUCCGCAAAAACUACUCCUAUUUCCGUACCAAUUACCUUUCUCUCCUCGCCGUUGUCCUCGCUUUCUCUCUCAUCACAAACCCAUUUUCCCUUAUUCUUCUCAUCGGUCUCCUCGCUGCUUGGCUUUUUCUUUACCUUUUCCGUCCAUCAGAUCCGCCUUUGGUUCUAUUUGGUCGGCAGUUUUCUGAAAGGGAAACGCUUGGGGUUCUUCUUCUUUCCACAAUCGUUGUUAUUUUUCUCACCAGUGUUGGAUCUGUUCUUGUUUCUGCUUUGAUGAUUGGUCUCGCAAUUGUUUGUACACAUGCUGCUUUUAGGGUUCCUGAGGAUCUUUUCCUUGACGAUCAGGAGUCUCCGGCAACUGGGUUUCUCUCUUUCUUGGCUGGCGCCGCCCCUACCUCGGGCCCCGCUGCUGUUUCCGCUAGGGUUUGAGGCUUACGACGCCGUAUUGGGGUCCAAGGAAAUUGAUUCUUAUGAAGGUAACUGAAACUUUAGUAGAUAAAGAGAAUAAUCAAAAUUAUAUUAAGUUGGGUUGAUUGUUCUUUUUUUGUUUUUGUUUUUGUUUUUUAAUAUGGAAAUGUAUAAUCAGGAUCUGUUGGGGAUUUUGUUUCUGUAAUUUGUUAUACAAAAUUAUGAUGUCUAAUCAUUGAUUGA